AUGGAUCAACGCAAGAAGAAGAGAAAGGUGCUUCUGAUGGGAAAGAGUGGCUCGGGGAAGUCGUCGAUGCGAUCCAUCAUAUUCAGCAAUUAUGUUGCGAAGGAUGUACGGCGGCUGGGGGCGACGAUUGAUGUGGAGCACAGCCAUGUCAAGUUCAUGGGGAACUUGACGCUGAAUCUGUGGGAUUGUGGAGGGCAAGAUGCGUUCAUGGAGACAUACCUGGCCUCCCAGCGAGGGAAUAUCUUCUCCGACGUCGCGGUCUUGAUCUAUGUUUUCGAUAUCGAGUCACGGGAGGUCGAGCGGGACCUCGACACGUACAGUGCGAUCAUCCACGCGCUGAAGGAAUUCAGCCCCAACGCCCACGUCUUCUGCCUGGUGCACAAGAUGGACCUGAUCCAGGCCGAGCACCGGCAGCGCAUCUACGAGGAACGCUCCGCCCUGAUCCGCAGCCGCUCGGAGCAGUUCGCGAUCGACACCUUCGGCAGCAGCAUCUGGGAUCAAUCGCUGUACAAGGCAUGGGCGGGCAUCGUCCACAAGCUCAUCCCGAACCUCACCGUCAUCGAGCGGUUCCUCACCGCGUUCGCCAAGCGCGUCGAUGCCGAGGAGGUGAUCCUCUUCGAGCGCUCGACCUUCCUCACCGUGACCUCGGUCUCGUCCGAGAUCGGCGACCUGAAUCCCAUCUACGAUCGCCACGAACGCCUCUCCAACAUCAUGAAAGCCUUCAAGCACUGCGCAGCCCGCAACACGCAUACCACCCCGGCCACCGCCGGCUUCCUGGUCAUGCACACCAAGACCCCGCAGUUCAACGUCUUCCUCGGCCGCUUCACCGACAACACCUACAUCUUCAUGGUUGUCCCGCCGGGCGAGGCUGCCUACAACUGCGCCGUCCUGAACACCAUGCUCGCCCGCGAGGGCUUCUCCAAAGCCGCGGCCGCGGGCUACGGAGACGGAUUCCCGCUUCCGGCAUCGGACUCUCCCGAAGGGAAACUAGCCAACGGUCACAACGCUUGA